GUCAAAGUCUGAUGGGAGCAAACUUCGACUUUAAUAUGCUUAACACUUUACAAACACCACCACCACCAACAACAACAAAAAAAUGAUACUAAUUGAAGCAUUUUAAUACAUGAUAUUCACUCACAGGCUUAAAGAAAAGAAAAGCAAUGGCGGAAAAAAUUAGAUCACGGAAAUACAGACGCAGUAGGGAUAACCCUCCAUCUUUGUCAUCAUCCAGUGGUCUUCUAGCUAAGGAGCUUAAAUGUUCAGUGUGUCUGGAUGUGUUCACUGAUCCAGUCAGCACUCCAUGUGGACACAACUUCUGUAAGAGCUGCUUAAACCGUUGCUGGGAAAACAUUCAGAACUGCUUCUGUCCAUUCUGUAAAGAAACAUUCAGUAAAAGACCCGACCUCAAGAUCAACACUGCACUUAGUGAGGUUGUGCAGCUCUUUCAGAAAAAGUUUAUUCUGAGUAAAUCUGAAGUUCUCUGUGACAUCUGUGAUGAAAGAAAGCUGAAAGCUCUGAAGUCCUGUCUGGUGUGUCAGACCUCUUACUGUGAAACUCACCUGGAGCCUCAUCUGAGAGUCCUGAGCUUAAAGAAACACAAACUGAUGGACCCUGUGGAGAACAUGAAGGACUAUAUUUGUCAGAAACACGAGAGACCUCUGGAGCUGUUCUGUAGAGAUGAUCAGACACGUGUGUGUGUGUUUUGCACUGAUGGAGACCACAAGACUCACAACACUGUUCCUCUAGAGGAGGAGAGUAAAGAGAAGAAGAGUGAGCUAAUGAAGACACAGAAAGAUGUGCAGCAGAUGAUCCAGGACAAAAACAAGAAGAUUCAAGACAUUAAAUACUUCACAGAACUCAGAAGAAAAAGCACAGAGCGAGAGAAAGCAGCCAGUGUUGAGCUCUUCAGUGAUCUGAUGCGCUCCAUUGAGAGAUGUCAGGCUGAGCUGCUGGAGAUGAUGGAGGAGAAGCAGAAAGCAGCAGAGAAACAGGACGAAGAGCUCAUUCAAGAGCUGCAGCAGGAAAUCACUGAGCUCAAGAUGAGAGACACUGAGCUGGAUCAUCUCUUACACACUGAGGAUCACCUCCAGCUCCUACAGAUUGAUCCAUCCCUGUGCAGUCCUCCACACACCAGGAACUGGCCUGAGAUCAGUAUGAACACUGAUGUGAGUGUGGAGACUCUGAGGAGAGCUCUGACUCAGCUGCAGGAAACUCUAGACCAGAAACUCAGUCAAACUGUGUUGAGGAGGAUGCAGCAGUAUGCAGUGGAUGUGACUCUGGAUCCUGAUACAGCUCAUCCAAAUCUCAUUCUGUCUAAUGAUGGGAAACAAGUGAGACAUGGAGACAUUAAGCAUGGAGUCCCAGAUUACCCAGAGCGGUUUGAUAAGUGUGCCUCUGUCCUGGGAAAAGAGGGAUUCUUGUCAGGAAGAUUUUAUUUUGAAGUGCAGCUGAAGGGAAAGAGUAAGUGGGAUUUAGGAGUGGCCAGAGAAUCUAUUAACAGGAAGGGAAAGAUCAGAGUGAGUCCUCAGAACGGAUACUGGACUGUGGGUCUGUGGAAUGAGAAUGAAUAUUGGGCUUGUGCUGAUUCCUAUGUGCUUCUGUCUCUGAGAGUGAAGCCACAGAAGGUGGGGGUGUUUGUGGAUUACGAGGAGGGUCUGGUCUCCUUCUAUGAUGUGGAGUCCAGAUCUCAUAUCUACUCUUUCACUGGUCAGUCUUUCACUAAUAGGAUAUAUCCAUAUUUUUGCCCCUUUUCAAAUGAUUCUGGUAAAAAUUCAGCACCACUGAUCAUCUCACCUGUUAAUUUCAAUGAAUGAUUUUACAAGCCAUAUGAAAUAAACAAUGAAAAUGAAGCAUCUUAAA